AUGGGUUUUGAAAAUAUCAAUUAUGGUCAUCCCAAAAAUAACGGACAAGGUAGCCGCUGCUGCAGAGUUUGCUCCAACCAUCACGGCCUUAUCCGCAAAUACGGUCUUAACAUGUGCCGUCAGUGCUUUCGACAGUACUGCAGCAUAAUCGGCUUCAGGAAGCUUGAUUAA